AUGAGUGACUUGGCUGACUGCAAGCAGAGCGCGGACUCAGAAUCGAUGAAAAGGUGUGCGUCACCGGACCAGAACGAGGCGGACUCUAUUCCAAGUAAGUCUUCGAAAGUGGAAAACUCACUGGAACGACGCAAAAACGGCGAGAGCACAGAAGCGGCGAGACAAGAGAGACAUUCAGAGCAGGAAGAGGAAACGGAAAGUUUAGCAGGUGCUCCUACUUCAUCCGUCAACAACUCCAGUUCUGCUGAGGAAGCGCAGUCGUCUAAGGCUCCGACAGAUGCUAAAGCCGAUGGGGAUACGAGUACAGGACCCGACGGGAGUCAUCUUGUGGACCGGUCUCAUUCGGACUCGGCAGCCAUCGCAGCCGCCGAAGCCCUCGCCAGCCUCACGGCGCCAGACGGCGAAAACAGCCGAGAGACGCCAUGCUCAUCGGAAAGAGCGAGACAUUUCAAAAGGUUGAGCAAAGGCAAAGAGCGCGGGGACCAGCAUGUCCUCCGACCUCAUUCAAAAACGCGGGCGGCUCCCGCGGACAGUUCCACGUUUGUGCAAGGCACAGACAGACAGGACACGGCCACCGCUGGCCAAGGUGACGAAUCCAUGUCUGCAUCUUCUUCCACUCCAAGCUCCUCUUUCCCGUCCGAGAACGAGGACAAUGAGGACGGUGAGUGCGCCAUUGUGUCUGUUAAGAUGGCUCCCGAGAUGAGACAGUCAGUGGCUCUCCUGGCGCAGGUACAGAUGAGACUGGAAGCUCUCGAGAAGAAAAGCGCAUGGCUCCACCAACGCUUGGAGCUGAAGAUGGGCCGCAUGCGGCGGCCGCAUCUCGAUCAACGUAGCUCCAUCACUAAAACCAUCCCCGGAUUCUGGGUCACCGCCUUACUGAACCACCCGCACCUCUCUGCUCAUAUUGAUGAGACUGAUGAGGAUGCGCUCAGCUACAUGACUGAUCUCGAGAUUGAGACUUUCAAAAAUCAAAAAGUGGGCUUCCGGAUUCGUUUCCACUUCCGACGGAACCCGUACUUCCAGAAUAACACCAUUAUGAAGGAACUGCACCUUGGACUGGGAGCAACUCCCAGGUCCUUCUCCAAUGCCAUUCUGUGGCAUCGUGGUCACAAUUUAACGGCUCAUAGUGAACCCCGGAAGAUGUCACGCGGUGUCUACCAGACGUUUUUCAGCUGGUUUGGCGACCACAGUGACCCUGGGCAAGAUGAUGUUGCGCAGAUACUGAAGGAUGACCUCUACAGGGACCCUUUGAGAUACUACCUCACGCCACUCUGGCAGCCAAGAGAGAACGGCAGUGACGGCGACGGUGCAGCAGCAGCAGCAGCAGCAGCUAACCGUGGCAAUGGUGAUGACUGCGUAGUCAUCUCCGACUCAGACGAGGAAACUGGUGAGGCGGAACGGGGCCACAGUGGUGAAGAGGAAGAGGAGGAGGAGGAAGAAAAACGGGAAGAGGAGGGGGUGCCAAGCGCAGAUGAGAGCCAGGAAGAAGGUGGAAGUGGAGAAAUAGUGAUCGACGUGCUGGGGGCCAAGUCUCACAGACCCUCGACUGCGAGACUUGGCCCCCACCACACAUCCACCCGCACACUAAGCACCGGCUCACCACAGGGCGUGCUGAGCCCCCUCCUAUACUGCCUCUGCACCUAUGACUGCAGUCCAGUCCACAGGAGCAACACCAUCGUCAAGUUUGCUGAUGACACCACAGUGGUUGGACUGAUCUCACAGAGAGAUGAGGCAGCCUACAGAGAGGAAGUCCACAAACUCUCAGCCUGA